GGAGCCUGCAGGUUUACAGGAAACCUCGCAAUCAGGAAGUGUAACUUUCAAGUGGAGAGUUUUCAGCGCUCUAACUAACUUAGACUCAAACUGUGGACUUUUACUCGUUUAAUAGUCUCCGGCGACUAUCAGAUAACAGGUGUCGCCAAUUGCUGGAGUCCUGAUAGAGGCCAUGAACCGUGCCCCCCUUCAUCAGCCACAGAGCUGUGGGCCCUGGGAGCUGAAGGAAGGCCUGGGGACCGGAGGCUUUGGGAAUGUCACUAGAUGGCAAAAUAAGGAUACGGAGGAGCAGAUUGCUAUCAAACAGUGCCGCCAGGAGCUGAGUGAGCGAAACAAAGAGAGAUGGUGUCUGGAAAUCCAGAUCAUGAAGAGGUUGGAUCACGUAAAUGUGGUGGCAGCAAGGGAGGUUCCUGAGGGGAUGCAAAAGCAUGUAGCCACCAAUGACCUGCCACUGCUCGCCAUGGAAUACUGCCAAGGAGGGGAUCUGAGAAAGUAUCUGAACCUCUUGGAGAACUGCUGUGGAAUGCGCGAGGGCUCCGUUUUGAUUCUAUUGUGCGACAUUUCCUCUGCUCUGACCUACCUCCACAAGAAGCGGAUCAUCCACCGAGAUUUGAAGCCUGAAAACAUUGUGCUGCAACAGGGAGAGAAGCGGUUGAUCCACAAGAUCAUUGACCUUGGUUAUGCUAAGGAACUGGAUCAGAGCAGUCUUUGCACCUCGUUUGUGGGAACAUUGCAGUACUUGGCUCCCGAACUGAUUGAGAAGAAGAAGUACACGGUCGCUGUGGACUACUGGAGCUUUGGGACAUUGGUGUUUGAGUGUAUCACAGGAUUUCGGCCAUUUUUGCCAACUUGGCAACCUGUUCUCUGGCACAAUAAACUGCGACUGAAACAAGACAGUGACAUUGUCGUCUAUGAAGACCUUUCCGGUGUGGUCCGCUUCUCCAAACAUCUUCCUCAGCCCAACAACCUCAACAGUCUUUUAGCGGAGAAGCUGGAGAGGUGGCUGCGGCUGAUGCUCAAGUGGUCUCCCCAAGAAAGGGGCAAAGAGCCAGAUGCCACACCCAGCAACUGCUUCUCCCAGCUGGAACUUAUUUUGCAGCUCAAAAUGGUUCACGUAUUGAACAUGACCACCGCCAAGAUCCUGAGGUACGCGGUUGUGGACGAUGAAACGGUGGCCGAGUUGCAGAAGAGAAUCGAAGAAGACACAAGCAUCCCUGCAGCCAAGCAGGAGUUGCUGCUGGAGGCCGGUUUAGCCUUAGAGCCCCAUGGGUUGGCCACGCAGUGCGCCAUCGAUUAUGCCGAGAUAGAUGGCCGGCGGACAGACUUCCCUCUCAUCUUCCUGUUUGAUCGCUCCUCUUGUAGUUAUGAGCCACCACUGACUCCUCGCACCCUCCCUGAAAACAUCUGUUUUGUCCAAAAGGAUCCAAAGCACGUUCUUCCUUACAGUCCUCUAAGGAGGACUUAUGGCCAGGCGUGGCACACCAUUCGUUCCCUGAAGGAGGACUGGCAAAGACUGCAGCAAGGACAGAAAGCAGCCAUCAUGAGUUUGCUUAGGCACAACUCAUCCCUGUCCAAACAGAAGAACGAGAUGGUGUCCAUGCACCAGAGACUCGUGGCCAAGCUGGACUUCUUCACAACCAGCCUUCACAUAGACAUGGACAAAUACCAGGAGCAGACUGCCACAGGGAUUGCUUCAGAGAAACUACUGGGAGUGUGGCGGGAAAUGGAGCAGACUGCCAGCAGCUGUGGUCAGCCCAAAGUGAGUGAACUUGAGGAGGAGAUGAUGCACCUCCAACAAGACAUUCUGGACGUUCAGCGUCAGCCGUGGAGGAGCGGAGAGGCUUUGGACACACUUGAAGGAAAGGCAAUGGAGAUGCUGCGCAAACUACGAGAGAAACCCAAAGAGCAGCGUUGUUCUGAGGAUGGUCAGGAGGUGCUGCGUCUGGUGGUUCAGGCGGUGCAGUUUUAUGAGAGGAAGCUUCGUGACUUCUACACACACCUCAGUAAAACAAGUGUUUGUCGUCAGCGCGUCAUGGAGCUGUUGCCAAAAGUGGAAGGUGUGGUGCAAGCGAUGGCUGAGAGUGAACAAGUUCUGAUGGUUCUGCAGGAGAAGCGUCAAAGGGAGCUGUGGAACCUCCUCAAAGUCGCCUGUAGUAAAGUUCGAAGCCCGGUAAGCGGGAGUCCUGAUGGAUCUCGUACACCUUCUUCAGUGCCUCCUCUGAUGACCCCCCGGCACAGUUUACAGCAGUUGGACGAGUCUCUGGUGGAGGAGAGCAGGACCUUCGAGAGUCGACUGCAGAGUUUGCUGCAUGACACCAUUCAGGAGUCCGAGAGCAGAAUGGAGAUGCUGAGGGAGUGGACAUGGCUGCAAGGGAACAACAGUUUCUCCAGAGACCUCUCCUAGAUUUACAGCGAUUUGUUGCCACCAUGGGGAUGUCAGGGCAAAAUACACAUUUGUGCACAUUUAGAAGGGACAUGCUCCUAAUCCUUCAUAAAUUUACUUCUGAUGUCCAGGGUAAAUGCUGUUCACAGUCCAAAGAGAAAAACCUCAGACUAUUCCACAGCCUGUGAUGUUAUCCAUGCAUCGAUCAGUUAUAUAUGAACAAAUACUGAGGCAUUAUUGUGUCUCAAUAGAUACAAUGUGAUUAUGACAGUGAUGUUUGUGCCCAGCAAAUUGAUUGGACUACAAUUGAACCCAAAGGAUCUGGUCUUAACCCAUUGCAUCAACUCUUCAAAAAAGAACAAUUAUGAUGAUGUCAUUUUUUCUCUAUCCGUCCAAUUUCUACAGCGCUUGUUUUGGAGGUUAUUCCAGCAGACUUUGGCUGAGAGGCAGGGUACACCCUGGACUGGGCGGCAGCCAAUCACAAGGCAGUUUUUAAACAAUCAUAUCCAAACAUCCACUGCGGUAGUUAAUCCAGUGGAACGUCUAAAGUGUUACCGGUAAUAUUCAUGGUAAUCCACAAAGGUUGAAUCGAGGCACCUGGGGGCCUCAUGCGUACGCACAAAAACGUGGCGUGCGUUCUUUUUCACGGCAAAGUUCAAAUGUAUCAAGAGUGAAAUGACCGUGGAAAUGUGCGGUGCCUCACGCCGACUCCAUGGCUUGCGUACGCACGUUUCUGCAGCUGUUGGUGCUUUGGCGACAGUUAGAGGUGAUGCUGGGAAACUGUUCUAACAAAUCUGCACAUCAGACACACAUGAACAAUUAGCACUGAUGAACAAUGAAUGCCCGACAACAUUUGAUUUCAACAAUUUAAAAGAGGCAAGGACUCGGAAUUCACUUGUUAACCAGUUUAUUACAUGAAUUACUGAUAUUUGUGAGGACGCCUAUAAAUUGAUCAAGAUGAUCAUUUAUGCUAAUUAUUUUUAUUAUUUCCCUCACAGUCUCCUCUGGUGACUACAGCACAGCACGAGUGAGGACACGGCCAAUGACAAUGUAUUGACAUCUCUCCCCUAAUGAUAGUCUCAUGCCAUUGGAAGAGUGCAAACUAACAAGCCACCAGGCAUCUGAAGAACCGGUUGGUAUGCAAAACGGUCUGGCAACAACAAUAAGCCUAUUGUGACCACCCUCAGGGGACAUUCCCGCCAGAGAAAUAAAUAGGAAGACUCCACACCUCAAUUUUACAACAAAAUAUGCCUUUUGGGCAUAUUUAAAGGUGAAACAUCUUCAACAAACAAGAAUAGUCCAGUUGGCUCGAUUCAACCUUUGCAAAUAUUUGCCAUGUGUGUUAUAGUUAUAGAUUCUAUUAGUAUGUUGUACUGACGGGUGUUCCUAAUAUUUUGGUUACCUUAUUUAACUGCAUGCGGAGGUGUACCUAGUGAAGUUGACAGAGAUUGUAUAUGUAGCGUUGUCCUGUGUCACAACAGAACAACAGCAAACACUGUACAGCAGUGGUGUGCAAAGUAUGGCCCAGGGGUCCACUACAACCUACACUCCAACCCUUAACCUGGCCCAAGAAUUAUGGACAUUAGCAAGAGUCCUGUAAUAUUUGUUACAUUAAUUUAGUCAUUUUUUCCAAAAUUGAUUCAUUCAAAUGUAUUUAUUUAAUUUUCAAUGUUUUUUUAUUCAUUUAUCUCAAUAAAUAAUUGGUUAAAUGAUUUAUUGUAGACCAUAAGCAUAAGGACACUGAGCGGCGGGCUGAAUUGGAUAAUCGUGAAAAAAAAAUUGUCAGUGACUUCCCACUGCACACUAAGCAAUUGACCCUUGCACACAUAAACUCACUGCAACGGGAAAAACGAAAACCCCUUGUGUUCUUAUCGUGAAAGAGUGUUUUGAGGCGCCACAUACGCUCUAAUCUAUAUUAUUGUAAAACAAUAUAUAUACUGUGUAUAAAUAUAUAUCCAUCCAUCCAUUCUAUUAAUCGCUUAUCCUCACUAGGGUUGCGAGUAUGCUGGCACCUAUAUCAGCUGACUCCAGGCGAGAGGCGGGGUACACCGUGAAUUGAUUGCCAGCCAAUCACAGGGCACAUAUAAAGAAACAACCAUUUGUACUCACAUUCACACCUACGGACAAUUUAGAGUCUUCAAUUAACCUACCAUGCAUGUUCUUGGAAUGUGGGAAGAAACCAGAGUACCCGGGAAAAAUCCACCCAGGCACGGGAGAACAUGCAAACUCCACACAGGGGAGGCCGGAUUUGAGGCUUGCAGGCAUUUCGGCGACAGACUCUCCAGGCUUCGCUUUUUCACUCACCUACAAUAAUGAGAAUUAAUCAACAGUUGAUUAUUAAAAUAACCUCUUUUACAUAGACAUUUUAACUUUUUAACCUCAUCCAUGAAUGACCAAACCCAUCUAUCUGUCUGUUUUAAAAAAUUAAAUGUGCCUUUCAGCACAAAAGUUGAGCACCCCUGCUCCACAUUGUUCACAAUAAAGACAUCCAUCCAUUUUCUGAGCCGCUUCUCCUCACUAGGGUCGCGGGCGUGCUGGAGCCAAUCCCAGCUAUCAUCGGGCAGGAGGCGGGGAACACCCUGAACUGGUCGCCAGCCAAUCGCAGGGCACAUACAAACAAACAACCAUUCACACUCACAGUCACACCUACGGGCAAUUUUUAGAGUCUCCAAUUAAUGCAUGUUUUGGGGAUGUUGGAGGAAACCGGAGUGCCCGGAGAAAACCCACGCAGGCACGGGGAGAACAUGCAAACUCCACACAGGCGGGGCCGGGGAUUGAACCCGGGUCCUCAGAACUGUAAGGCUGACGCUCUAACCAGUCGGCCACCGUGCCGCCACAAUUAAGACAUUAAGUGAAAUAUUCAACUAAAAACAGCACAAGCUCAGGGAAAGUUCUAGUCCAUUCCAAAAUUGCCUUGGGGUUAAAGGCUGCUCUGCCAGGCUCCUUUAUAAUGUGUUUCUCACCAUCUAUUGUUACUAAGGAGAAGGGAGGCGUUAAUAUAUUCUUAAUGGGUUGUAAUGUCCCAUGAACUGCAGUAAUGUCAUACGUUAAGACAGUGAUAUCAUUUUGCAAUUUUGUGGUAUUUUGUUUGUUAAUGUCAAGAUGUUUGAGGGCACAAAAAACAUCAUCAUUGUAUAUACAUUAUUUUUUUAUUCCACUGAUUAAAUAAAAAAAAAAAAUCA